GUAUUGCGUUGCAAAACCAAGAUAUUAUGUCCUCUGGCAUUACUAGCAUGGAAAUGGAUGUCAGUACUACUACUAGGUGUAAAAAGUAAGAGUAAUCAUAACUAAUUACGCUUGAAAAGUUCAAAAUCUACUUCUACAAGGGAGCUAGGACAGGCGACGUUAACGCUGGGAUGUAGAUGUUGUGCUAAUUCUAUCUCUGAAACAUCAUCCAUCAACCGAUUGCGAAUCAUCAAAAAUCAAUACUCGCAGCCGAUACCGACAUUAUAAGUGUUAGCUAAGAAAAAGAGGCGAUAGCCUAAUAUCGUCCACACUUCUCAAGCUUUUCGAAUUAUAAUCGUCAGCACUCUAUUUGUAUUUUCUUGGAACACUGAUUUUUUACACCGAGGCCUAGGAUUAGAACAAGGCUACAACAUAAAAAAUAGUUCUUCCUGUAGUAGCAACGAAGACCAAAACUAACAAGCCUUUUUUGGAAUCGAGAAAGAAAAGGAAGAUCGCUCCAAUUGACGCUGACUGGAUUUAGCAACUGAAAGUGAAUCCAAACGAAGCCAAGCGUACUUAUGUUUAUAUGAUUUUUGGAAAGACAAAACCAUAACUGAUAUACGUCCGCUAAGGAGAAAACAAGCAUCAAGCUCUAUCUUUGGAUAACUAUUUUGUGAACGUUAGAAAGAACGAACGCAGAAUCUCAAUCUGGCAAGAUGGGAUCGAAAAAGAAAUCAAUGGACCGCAAUUUUUCAAGUUUUUCGCAGUUCAUCGAUUCCUCUUGUCAAGACCUGAUCGCCUUCUUGGAGAAUUAUGCCGACAAAGAAAACAAGACGCAGAAAUUUAGCAAGCUUUUUUUUCAACAAUUGCAAAGCUCGUGUCUGAGAAGUAGAAGUUCCAGCAAAGAAAGCCCUCCUUUUGACAAAAAGCACAAUAAACAUCUCCACGAGAAGCGUAGUCGACUCAUUGCAAAGUCCAGCAAACUUUGUCGCUGGCUUUUCUCAUCAUCCAAAUCGAAAGCGCAUUUUCCAAAGCCGCUUUUUUUGGACCAAAUUUUUUUAGCUCUCGCCGUUUUUGAAUUGAUCGCGUUCUUUUUGGCAGUUCUGAACAACAUAGCUUUCCUCGAAAAACGUUCCUUUUUGAUCACGAGCUCUCCACGAACAGCAGCACGAGAGGACGCAGCGUUGUAUUUUUUGACGAAACCACCAGACACAGAGGAAAACCAAAACUACGACUUUUUGAGAUCUAAUUCUAGUUCGCCAACAUCUACAUUCCCUUUCCCAAGCACGUCGCCGUUCCUGUUUGCGUCAGCACUUUCGAUCUCUAGCACCAGUCCUGACAAGAUCCGGAGCACGUCCACACCGCAAGAACGUAUUAGUACCUCUGUUUCACCCGCGCAUUUCUUGCAAGGUGGGGGAGCCGCAGCCGCCAGCAAAAGCAGCUCCAACCAGGAGGAUUUCAACGAGGUAGCCAGAGGCCCUUCAGGUGGCCCAGCGGUGCGCGAGAGCAGCAGGGUUUUCAAUCCUAUUUCGCGGCCGACGUCGGCUCAUGUAACUACGCAGCGCCUGUCGUCGAGGGUUUUUCCUGUUGCACCAGAAACGCCACACGCAGAAGUACCCCCGGUGCAAGAAGAAGUGCAAGAACAAGCAGGAGUCAACAUGUCGGACGAGGAGCAGCUUACGAUCGCGACCUUCAUGAGCACCACCGGGUGCGAAGACAUGAUGCAAGCGCGGCAUUUUCUCGAGAUGUCCGGACAGGUGUGGGAUCUGGAGACCGCCGUCGCACUGUACCUGUAUCACACAGAAAAAAGCUGGCAGGGCAUAUUUGUGAUGCAAAAAUAAAUACACAAAAAAAUCUGUACUGCAUAUCCGAAGCAGCAUGCUAGGAGGCCGCCCAUGACAGAUUUUUCUGUGUAUCUAUUUUUGCAUUACAAAUAUGCCCUGCCAGCUUUUUUCUCUGGGAUAACCUGGACAACAUGCCCAAUGCAGCAUCCACCGGCGGCGCCGGGCCGGACGGGAGCGGGCGGCCUCCGCCGGGCGGCGGCGACACGGGCGCGGCGCCCAUCGAUGAAGAGGUCCGCGCUGCCAUCGCGGCCUUUGAUGACCAAAUGAUUCAGGGCCCGUCGGCAAGCGAGAAAAAGUAUAAAAGAAAAAGAUCCUAUUUGAUUUCAUGUUUUGUUCGAUGACAAGGAAGCAGUACUUCUACUGCGCCCUGUCCCCAUUGAUGACGGCGUCGUGGAGAAGUGGGCUAGAUCACACUACUAGUUUGUGUUUUUACACGUCGGCAAGAUACACCUGUAUCUUUACUGUGUCAACAUCGACACCUAAAAAUUUCAUUUCCACUAACAGAGCGCAAGAAAAGCAGCUGCAGGAAGAUCACAGAAAGUACCUGCAGCGGUCCGCGUGGUGGGAUGCAAGCAAGGAUAAAAAACAGGGAGCCGCGACUGAAGCGAACGACAGAGUGAAGCAUCUCAACAAGAUAUUCCAAGUGCCUGAUUACAACGAGGUUUGUUGUAUUUGUGCUUAUAGUUGCAUCUUUGGUUCAUCCGGUGGCGGUGGAAAGAUUACCGCUGUCACCUAGAUAUUGAAGCAGUAGCUCAACUACUCGACGUUUUAUUUUCUGUGUGACCACUGCAACGGUCGACAUCUAUAUUGUAUGAAAUAAAGGCAUUUAAUUCAAUACCAUUACAGUCCGGGGCAUUUGCGAUCGCGCACACGCGCGCUAUGGAGGAGAACAAGUAUAUUCUGGUGAACAUUCAGGACCAGGAAUUUCCCAGUAGCCAGUUGAAUCGAGACGUUUGGAACCUAUCAUAGAGAAAAAAAGCGUGCAUUCAACCUAUUUGCAAUGUGAAACUAAAAACCAAUACACAAAAGAUACUAAUCACGACAUGAACAGAAGUAACAUGCUACGGUCUUGCGUGCCAAAAUUUCCAAGUGGGUUUUUCAUUUGUACCGCAUUGAUUAGUUCCAUGAAUGCGCUGGCGCUUUUCUUCGUGAUAUUUUCACGAACUUGUGAAGGAUACGGUGACAUCGAAUUUCGUCUUCUGGCAGCGCGAUGACGUGUCCGAACAGGGGAGCACUUUCUCGCAGUAUUUCUGCACUUUGUUAAAAGUCAUCUUCCUCCCUCUUUAUCCUCAUCCUUUUGCACCAUAUGCUCGUGCGCAGUCGUAGCUGUAACGAACAAACGAGGUCGCGUAGUUGUCUACAUUCAUAGAGAUUAUAGACCGCGUCGUAACUACGUUUUCGUCUGCAAUUUUUUGAAAUCGACUCUUACUCAUCUCAGGUACUACAACGUGAAAUCGCUGCCGUACAUUUGUUUUGUGGAUCCGCGCACGCGAAUGGCCGUGGAGUUCUGGGAGGGCAAAAAGUGGAUGGACCCGCACAACCCGAAGAACUCGUCUGUGGUGGCGAUGGAGAAGAUCACUGCCUUCCUUGAGAAACAUGCCGACAAGCUGAGGCCGCAGCAGCCGGGCUCCAGCUCCCGGGCGGUUUCUUCCUCCUCUUCCGCGACAGGCGCGACCUCUACGUCCGGUGCAAACGGGACCGGCGACCUGGCUGCCGCGAGCGGGGGCGGGACCAUUGACCUGACCGGUGGUACUAGCGGGGGCUCCCGGCCGGCGCACGGGGACGAGCCGAUGAGCAAGAGGCCGCGGUCCGCCGGGGGUCUCACGCAGGGCGGCGAAACGGGGGCGAGUAGCAGCACCGCGGCAUUCGGCUCCACCGGCGAGACCACAGCAGAGCAAGCGGCCGCAGCGGAGGAAGAUGUACCCGCGAUGCCACCCGCCCCGGCGGCGGGCACGGAUCCGGCCACGUUGGCAAAAAUGUCCUUCCGCCUAUUGGACGGCAAGCGGUCCGACCCCGUGCUGUUUUUGAAAACGGAUCCGGUGUCGCACGCAUUGCAGGCCGCCGCGCAUCUUUCUAAAAUGGGAAUCGAGAGCGUGGACCUCUUCACUGCAAUGCCACCAAAGUCCGCCAGGAAGGACAUCGGACUGGACACGACCAUCGGAGACGCGGGUCUCAGUGGGAGUAUGCUCAACGUGCGGAAGGCAAAGUGAAAAAAGAUCAAGUAGACGACGUGCAGAAAUGUACUUCCUUGUUCGGUAUCAUGCGUGCGGUUCAAGAAAUACUUUACUUACACAAGUGUGGAACAUUGAAAAGCGAAACCAUGUAGUUUCUUGGCAUCACUGCCGCGGAGAAGCAGAUGGCUAAAGGUCAUCUAAUAAAUAUGGACAAUAGAUUUUGGAGAAUUUCGAAAUAAUAAUCAUGGAAAUGGUCACGGUAUGUCAUUCUUUAUGAUAGAUGGAAUCGUCAUCAUACCGAUUUAUUACAUUUUCCACGCUGAAGAGAGGGAGCACAGAUAGACCUGUAUCGACUACACCGAGGAAAAGUGCUUAAUACACCUACGAUCGCGGUACAUAAAAUUGUAUCAGACCAACAACUUCUUAUCUCGAACCGGAACGAACUCAAGGAAACAACUGCGCGGUGCCUUAUUUUUCAAGAUGCUCUUAUUCUCCAUUAAAUGAAGGGGAGGCGAUCGCGAUCCACCCUCCUGACCUUCAUCUCGCUGCAGUGUAGUAUUGUGUUUUUUUAUUAUCGCAUGGGUG